CUAACCGCGGGCUUUGCUCCGCCCCGCCGGCGCAGCUGGCGGCGCUCGGGGCGCUCCCGGGGCGCAGCCCUGUCCUGUGUGCGGCGGGCUGUCGGUCGGGCUGUGCAAUCACAUGGUGCGCUAAGAAUGCUCCAAAGAUGGCGGUAGCGGCAGCCGGAGCCGGCGGCGGCCGGGCGCAGCAGCGGAGCGGCUGGCUGGAAGUCCUGGUGCGGGACCGCUGGCACAAAGUCCUGGCCAACUUGGCCGAGGAUGCCCUAGUGCUGAGCUGCGAGGAGCGCGCCGACGGCGCAGCCCACAACGGCGUCGGGGCCAGCGGCAACGGGGCGCCCUGCCGAGGGGCUGCCGCUGGCCGCGGGAGCCAGCCGGGCGCCGCUGGCAACCCCGGCGGGGCGGCCGAGCCCGCGGGCAGCGGCGGCAGCCCCAAGGCGGGGGGUGGCCGCGGGGUGCGCACCGCCUUCACCGAGCUCCCCGAGCAAGUGCCCGACGCCAUCUCCAACAAGAAGCGGUGCGUGAAGGUGCAGAAGCAGGAGCUGGGCGGGCUGGGCAUCAGCAUCAAGGGCGGCAAGGAGAACAAGAUGCCCAUCCUCAUCAGCAAGAUCUUCAAGGGGCUGGCGGCCGACCAGACCCAGGCCCUCUACGUGGGCGAUGCCAUCCUGGCCGUGAACGGGACGGACCUGCGGGACGCCACCCACGACGAGGCGGUGCAGGCGCUCAAGCGGGCCGGCAAGGAGGUGCUGCUGGAAGUGAAGUACAUGCGAGAAGCAACCCCGUAUGUGAAGAAAGGUUCUCCAGUUUCAGAAAUUGGGUGGGAAACACCUCCACCUGAAUCUCCACGGUUGGGAGGUGUAUCCUCUGACCCACUGUCGCAGCUUUCUCUCACCAUCCACAGAGACAGAAAAACAAUUCCACUCAAAAUGUGCUAUGUGACACGCAACAUGGCGGUGUCAGAUCCUGAAAACAGGCUUCUUGAAGUCCAUUCCCCUGAUGCCAAGCACACUGUGGUUCUAAGGAGUAAGGAUUCAGCCACAGCCCAGGCCUGGUUCAAUGCUAUCCACUCCAGUGUGAGUGACCUUAUUCCCAGGGUGAUUUCAGAGGUGAAAGACCAGCUGGGUAAAACCGGGAUCGCUGGAAGUCGAGAGAUUAGGCAUCUAGGCUGGCUUGCAGAAAAGGUGCCAGGAGAGAAUGAGAAGCACUGGAAGCCAGCACUGGUUGUACUGACGGAGAAGGACCUUUUAAUAUAUGACAGCAUGCCACGAAUGAAAGAAGCUUGGUUCAGCCCUCUACAUACUUACCCUCUGCUAGCCACCAGGUUGGUCCAUUCAGGUCCUGGUAAGGGAUCCCCACAAUCUGGGGUGGAUUUAUCUUUUGCAACGCGCACUGGUACAAGGCAAGGGAUUGAAACCCAUCUCUUCAGGACAGAGACUAGCAGAGACCUCUCACUGUGGACAAGGAACAUAGUGCAGGGCUGCCACAAUUCAGCUGAGCUGAUCACGGAAAUCACAACCUCUUGCACCUACAAAAACCAGGAGUGCCAUUUGACCAUCCAUUAUGAACAUGGAUUCUCUCUCACAGUUGAACCACAAGAUGGUGCCUUGUCCAAAACAAUUGCACAGUGUCCCUAUGAAAAACUAAAAAUGUCUUCAGAUGAUGGCAUUAGGAUGCUUUAUUUAGACUUCGGAGGCAAAGAUGGAGAAUUUCAACUGGACCUUCAUUCUUGUCCAAAGCCAAUUGUGUUCAUCAUUCAUUCCUUCCUUUCAGCUAAGAUUACAAGACUUGGUUUGGUGGCAUAAAUUACAUCGGUUUCCUAAAAGAAAAAUGAAACUGUCAUGCUAAUCUGAAGUACAAUCAAUAGAAGACACCUGUAGCUGCUAGCAAUGUACAAAAGAUUGGAGUUCAAUGCAAGGACUUCAGCUCUGGUGAUUCUCCAAGGCCCAGCCUUCAUUUUGAUCAACUACAAAGGAGGCACACACCGAAAAAAACCAACAGAUUUUAGACUCAGAACAGUCGUUUCCGUCACUGUCAGUUGCAGGAGACAAUAGCAUAGCUCAUUGUAAACAAUGGCAAAAAUGGAAUUUUACAAUGUUAGGAAUUUAAAACCACAUACUGUACAGUGGAAAUGAGUAUAGUACUGUAUGUGUAAGCAUUUCAAAAUCAUAAAUCGUGCCUAUUUCAAAGUAGUGGUUUAUAUAGAGUAAGUAAGGGCUAAGCAGAUGCAAGACUGGGCCCUUAUCAGUCGGGAUUCAGAAUAAGGCUUGAUAUUUGUUUCUCUUUUUUGAUACUACGUGAAGUGGUGGCUUUACGAAGAUUAAAAAAAAAAUCAGUAAAAUAUUACUUUAAUCCCAGUUGAUGUGCUAUUUAAAUAUCUUGCUGUUCCAUAAGAAGGAGUCAUGAGAGGCAGCUGCUUUAAUGCCCCGGCAGGUAUGUUUUGUGUGUGCAUGUACUCCAGUAGGGUACUCUAAAGCAGGAGUUCUCAAUCUUUUUCUGUCUGAGGCUGCCCCCUUCCCCCCUACAACAUGCUGUAACAACUCCCCAGCCCACCUGUGCCCCCAAAACUGUUUUUCUCAUAUGCACUAGAUUAAAAGCCAGGGCCAGCAUUAGAGGGUAGCAAGCAGGGCAAUUGCCUGGUGCCCCACGCCACAAGGGGUCCCAUGAAGCUAAGUUGCUCGGGUUCACUUUUUUGCCCUGGGCUCCACUGAGUCUGACACCAGCCCUGCUCUCUGGUUUAUUUUGGCGUACCCCCAGUUGAGAACCUCUGCUCUAAAGCAACCAAGAGCUCCUUAGUGAACAGCCCAGCACCCAGUUCAGAGCAUCCGGGGCAUUUUCUAAUGGUCCUUGUGUAAUGAACAUAUGUGCACAUUCCUGUAAGGGGCACCAAAGCAGCAGUAAUCAUAGGACUUUUGUUGUAUAGCCGGGUAACCACAAGAGAGCGCAAAGGGGCCUGUUCAAGUGUCCUUAACUUAUGAGCAAACAGGGUAAACUUUUUAAAAGAACUAACCUAAGUCCCACUGAAGGUCAGGGGCACCCAGUCACUCUUCAAAAUCGGACUGAAGAGCUUUGGAAAUUUUACCCACAAGGCAAGUUAUGGUGCCUCACUUAACAUUGUGACCUAGUAGUAUGCCCUGCUGCUAAAUCAGUUAAAUGGAAAUAGAUUUCAUUAAGAAACAUGUGUAGCUCUGUAAUAAUUCGUUUAAAAAUGCAUUUGAGAUACAGAAAGUGGCCUGAGAAUUUAGUAGGAGUGGAAUGAAAAACUGUUGAUCACGUAGAAUUUAUACCACAUUUAAGCUGCAAACAGAAUUAACUCUUUGAAAUAGAUAUUCGUAAUGUGUUGAGGCUAAAGCCACAUUUUGAAAGCCAGGCUUUUAGAAACAAGCAGAAGUCAUGAAUGUGAUUGCUUGCAGAAGUUCAGCUGUAGCAUUGCAAUGAUUUGUAUUGCUUUUUAAACUUUACCAGUAAGCUACGUUUUAAUUUAGAUGUCACUCAAUUGGCAAAGAAAACAAAUCACAUUAAUAUAAUAAAUAAUAAAACAGUGAUUCCAUUUUAAUUGUUUUCAGUUGAGGUCUUGAGCCCAGUAAAUAAGUCAGAUCUGUUUCCACAUACAUAAAGGCUUGAUUUAUGGUGGUUUCCAUACAUGUGUUAAUUAGUAAUAGAAAAAUACUCAUUUUAAAUUUUUAAAGAGCUGCUGGGCUGAAUUCACAAACACUGCACUGUACUUGCAAAACGUUAUACCCGAGAAAGAGGUAAUUUUCGAACAGUACAUAAAUGUAGUUAUCUUCAAAGUAAUUUGCCUAUCUAGUAACUUUCAUUUCUACCUUAAUGGCACUUAAUUCCACUUACAAUAGGGAAUUAAAACUUAUUUUAUUCCCCCCCCACCAAAAAAAACAAAAGUUAAAUAAUUUGCUAUUAUUUUCCAUUCAUGCAGUUAUCUCUGGUAGAUCUUUGAUUUCUUCUGGUUUAGGUAUGCAUGAUUUUAGACUGCAUAGACUUUCAGGGGGGCAAGUAUAGGGUUGGGCCUUUGAUCAUAGAAUCAUAUUUCAGUAAAAGCCUAUGCAAAAUGUAUCAAAAAGUAAAUGCCAAGGUUUGUGAAUUUAACACAGGAGGCAUCUCCCCUGAAACCUUCUAGCUCACGCAAUGCAAAGUGUUUUUUGUCCAAGUACAAAAUGUUUAUGUAUUUGGACCCCUGUUCCUAUAGAAAUUUGAGAGAUUCAAGCAGCAGCUUGUGUACUAUGGAUAAGAGUCAAUACAUAUGUAAAUUAUACUGCACUAUGUCUUUAUUUCUUUAACACUUAAAGUCACUGGAAUGUUAUAUAAACAUGUAUGUUCAUUGUAAAUAAUCAGAAUUCAUAUUAGUAUCAAUAAUUAAAUUACACAGUAUGUAAUCUGAGGUGCUCAGUACUAUAUGAAGUAUAAGUGAAUAACUAAAUAGUUUGCAAAGAAAGUUCAUAUUCUAUAUUUAUAGACAAAUUAAAAAUUAUGGUAAUUACAAGUGUUAUAUCUUCAUCAUUUACAGAUUUUGGAGUGAUUCAUAUUUGGAUGGGGUUGACAAAAUAUGGGCCUACUCUACAUUUAUAUGAGUAUAGUUUAUAUUUUAGAGGGAAAAUAUAUUUAAUAAAAGUCAUUUAUUUGA